CAAGUAAACGGACAACAUGCCCAUCUCCAGAAGACUACAAUGCCCAAGAUGCAUUGCUUCUUCCGCCGUACCUCGUACACUAAAGUGCAAUAUUGGGAUUCUUCGGCCCGGAAGAAAGUCAAGAAUCUUGGGCUUUUGUAUUAGCCAUAGGAAAACACACCCGAGGCAGUUGCACCUAUCUUCUCAGAAACCUAGACACUAAAGAGAUGGGGAGAGGGGAAAAGAAGGGAGUGCGGAAAUGUACGCAAAGGAGCGGAAGAGCGCAUGCGCUGGAGACGUACACUGGCUCUCUUCUUUGGGGGCAGUCAGUUCGCGUCGAGCGUAGGAAACAGCCAAUGAGGGCUUAGUGUUUGCAACUGGCUGGUGCCCACCCGCCGCCGCCGCCUUAGCUUCAGUCGAUUCAGAAGUAGCAGUGACCUUCCGCCAAAUCUUCCCCAUUCCUCGGGGGAAGGGAGCGCAGCAAUCCCCGCCAUCUCAGUUAUAAGGAGUGAACAGUACAUUCAAAAAAUGGAAGCUCAUACAUCUGUUGAUAUGUUUGCAAAAGUCCUGGAGAAUCAAUUGCUUCAGACAACCAAUAUUGUGGAACAGCAGCUGGAUGCUGAGAUUCAAAAACUGGAUCAGAUGGAUGAGGAUGAAUUGGAGCGCCUCAAAGAAAAGAGACUUGAAGCACUAAAGAAAGCACAGCAGCAGAAACAAGAAUGGCUUUCAAAAGGACAUGGUGAAUACAGAGAAAUUCCUAGUGAAAGAGAGUUUUUUCAGGAGGUCAAAGAAAGUAAAAAAGUGGUUUGCCAUUUCUACAGAGAUUCCACAUUCAGAUGUAAAAUACUAGAUAAACAUUUGGCCAUAUUGUCCAAGAAACAUUUGGAGACCAAGUUCCUGAAGCUAAAUGUGGAAAAAGCACCUUUCUUGUGUGAAAGACUGCGCAUCAAAGUUAUUCCCACCUUAGCUCUGGUGAAAGAUGGAAAAACGCAAGAUUAUGUAGUAGGUUUUACUGAUCUAGGCAAUACAGAUGACUUCACUACAGAAACUUUAGAAUGGAGACUCGGUUGUUCUGAUAUUAUUAAUUACAGUGGAAAUUUGAUGGAACCACCAUUUCAAAGCCAAAAGAAAUUUGGAACCAACUUCACAAAACUGGAAAAGAAAACCAUCCGAGGAAAAAUAUAUGAUUCUGACUCUGAUGAUGACUAAAGCUCUGCCAUAAAUCUUUGUAAAUCAUCUUUUGUUUCUGCAUACUUCAAUUUUAGGAAUGUUUUCUAAAGCUUAUUAUUUUCAAUACAUUUGAACAUGCUGCUCAUUUUCUACACAGUUUUAUACAACUGAAUCAUGGAAAACAUCUUAAAUAUUUUUGGUUUGGAGGUCAUUUUUAGGUUGAAGAAAAUAUCAGCUCUUUUGAAUUAAUAGUAGAAAGUGACUGGAUUAUUAUCUCUAUUUUUAGGAUUAGAAUUUAUUUCCAAUUGAGUUUUUCUGUCAUCUCCAUUUAAAAUGUUUAUACCAUUCACUUAACUGAUUUCAAAAAUGGCAUCACAGGGAACUGUUCCAGGACUAGCUUUUAAUAGCAUUCUUUCCUUUGUAGAAUUACAUUCAUGGAAUUGACUAGGAUCACCACUUUGCAUUCUUCAUUUAUAAAGGGUCUUUCACUUCCGGGAUGUUCCCAAUCAGCUGUCUAAAAACUGCCUGUUUAUCAACCCUGAACACUAUGUGGUAAAGUUGAAUUUAACUGAAAACAAGUCAGCCAUUCCAGACUAUGAAAAUAUUGCCUUAUUCAAAAGAUUAGAUUUUACAAUUCCAGGUUUCUUUUGUAAUUUUUUUAAACAAAUAAAUUAAAAAGUAAUGUUAUUUGGUAAUCAGCAAAUUAAAAAAAGAAAAAAAUUGGCAAGAGCACGCUACCAUCCAAAGAGCAGUGAAUUGGAUUCUGCUCAAGAAAUGAAACCCUCAGAGAUUUCACUCCUUUGGUCUCUGGACUAAAAUAAAGGGCAGUGCCCAGGGCAGCCCUGCAAUAAUAGUAUAGGCUUAUACAAUUUAAGGGCCACUAGGCCAUCUGGCCCCAAACCCCCCCCCCCCCCCCAAUUUAAUAAAUGAAAAAAACAAGUUACAUAGUAUGGAAAGAGGUAAGAUUUGAAAAGAUCCUCUGAUUUCAAAUUCAAUGCCCUUUCCUACUGCCUCUCAAAAAAUAUCUUAAAAUAGUUCUUUAACAUUUCUUAACAUCAUUAGUUGGGACUUUAUUUGACCUCAGCAAGAGAAAUAAAAUAAUCUAAAUGAUAGUGUUCAGUGUCUUGGUUUUUAACAUCUUUUUAGAGCAAUAUGUUGCAUUUCUUGUAGGAGUUUUUGGGGACCAAGUACAGUCAUUUUGUAUGAUUGUAGAUUGAGUAGGUUUUUGACAGUUUUCGAGAAGCAACUCUAAACAAGUCCAAAUCUGCCCCUGGAACUCAGCCUGACACUUUUAAUAAACACCUGAGAUUACCCCAUCAUACCACAGAUCGCUGCCCUAUCCUGAGAGACAGAUUCUCAUUGGAGCCCACUGAUUCCAUAACCACAUUUUUUUUUCUCUGCUAGUUAAUAGGAAAUAAAUUGAGCUUUAAAAAAAAAAA